AUGUGUGAUUCUGCUUCUGGGAACAAUGGGGGAACCAAGUUUUACUGCAUUUAUGAGGGAGAUGAUGCUGAUCUGGAGGAGGUAAUUACUGAGGCAAAAGUGCAACAGUUAGUUAGGGAUACUUUGGCUGGGGAUAGACUUCUCAUAUUAUAUGACUAUCCCAUCGAGACGGUAGCUGAUGAUACGACUGGUGAUGAUGUGGUCAGUGAAAGUGAUACUGAUAGUAGUGAUGGUGACUGGGAUGAAAGAGAUUCUGAGUAUGAAGAGAGAGAAAGUGGAAAUGAGUAUGAUGAUGAUGAUGAUGAUCUUGGAGGGGGUGAACAAGGGGGUGCAACUGAUAAACCUUCAUCAUCAGCUGCUGCUGGUAAACAGAAACCACUGAUAAAUUACAAGUACGAUGAGGGGAACUAUGACGAGGAUAGUGCAUUUGAAGUUGAACCGGAUUCUGAGAAAGACCUAGAAAGUUUACAGAGCUCGGAUGAAGAUGUGGCAGAGAAACCAUUGGUAUUUCACCCCAAGGAUACGGAAAAACCACCCCUUCAAUGUGGAUUGACAUUCAGUUCAAGGCAGGAAUGCAAGGAAGCAAUUCGGCGCUGGAAUAUUAGAAGAGGUAGAAGAUGGAGAUUCAAAAAGAAUGACAAACGGAGAAUUAAAGCUGUUGGAUCUCCCGUGGUGACUACUUUUGUGCCUCGUCACAAGUGCAAAUUCAGGCGCAAGAACAAAAGUGUGACAUCAACCAUUGCUGGUAGGGUAUGUACACAGUUGGUCAAAGAUGACUCUACAAUCCCAACCAAGAGAUUCAAGAGGCUAGCCAAGGAAAAGUACAAGUUCUUCCUCACAAAAUCACAAGCUUAUAGAGCAAGACGAGUAGCAUUGAGACUUAUGUAUGGUUCUGUGGAAGAUCAGUAUGCAAAACUGAGGGAUGUUCCCAAGAGUCUGCCACAGCCUGCAAAUCCUAAACCAACAAAGUUACGGGGAAAGAAAAAAAUUGUGGCUGAACCUGUAAAGGAGAAAAAGAAAGGAAAACAGAACAAAAAGUCUGGGUUUCAGCUUAUUGAUGAGCCACUUGAUGAUAUUCAGGAAGAGGAGCUGUUUGGUGAAGUUGUACCCCCCCAGUAUAAGGUCAGUUACUCACAUAAGAGGGCUGAGAUGUUAAAUGUGAAGAAACAAGAAGGUAUAUCAACCUUGGCCAUGGACAUGCAGAAUGUGAAAAAGCAAGAUGGUAUGGUUGAUUGGACCUCACAAACCACAUGUGACACCCUUGUUGAAAUGACAGCUAAAGACAUAGCAAGAACUGAUGAGUAG